AAUUCCUCCCCACCAUUUUCCCUCUGAGUGAGCGAACCUGGUAGUUUUACUGACCUUGCCCCCUCUCCACGAGGCAUUUCUGAGUGAAGGAACCUGUGGAAGGAACCUCUAUUACAACCUCAUUGGUUACUGACUUAACCUUUCAGUAACCUGAAGCUGAACAUCUCUCUGUAGUGCUAGUGAACAAAAAUAUUAUUGAAUCAUGGAGUCUGACGAUGAAACCAAUUGUAAGCGAAAGCGUAAAGUACCUAUUCAAAAUUUAGGUGGUAAAAGAAAGAAGAUUAUAGACCUCGUGGAUGCUGAAAAAGAAAGGCUCGAAAAACUUGUUUUGGGAGAUGCAUCGUACAUGCUUAGAAACCUGGGAGUUGGCGAUAAUGAUUCAGGAGUGGAAGAUAGUUUAUCUGCUGAUGAAGCUGGAAGACAGCCUGCAUGGGAGGAUGAAGAUGAUUUAGGAAUUAGCACAUCUGAAGAGCUAUUAACUAAUGAAGACAGGCUACGAAAGAAGUUUUCACAAACUUUCGGGCAACCUUCUUGGGCCAGACUUUCACAAGAAUCAGUUCAUGUUAAAAGUGAUGAAGAUACUCUUUUACUGCGGAGUUCUGGGAAUUUGAUAACUAAACCAACCUACUUACCUCGAAACAUUAUAAAUGUUAAACGUCUUGCUUCAUUGAAUAGUGAAACUCGAAAUGAAGGUCCCAUUUUAAAAUGUGUUGAAUUCCACCCCACUAGUACAGUUGCUUUAGUCGCUGGACUCUCUGGGACUGCAUCAAUUUUUCAAGUAGACGGAUUAGCAAAUAAUAAACUAUCUUCUAUUCAGUUUGAACGCUUCCCCAUUCGAUGUGGUCAUUUUUCUGCUGAUGGAAAACAGUUUAUUGUAGGAUCCCAACACCAUUCGUACUUUUAUGUUUAUGACAUGAUGGAAGGUUCAACAAUGAAAAUUAUAACCCAUCAUAACAUGGAACAAACUAAUAUGAAGAACUUUGAAGUCUCACCUGAUGGAAGGCUGAUUGCAGUAGCUGGACGCUUUGGACAAAUUCACCUACUUUCUGCAGCCUCUAAGGAGUGGAUUGCUGAUAUAUCCAUGAAUGGAAAUGUGAAAUCACUUUCAUUCAGUCCAGAUGGUUGUUUUCUCUAUUCUCAUGGAGAUUUAGGAGAAGUAUAUGUUUGGGAUAUGAACUCUCGAAGUCUUGUUACAAAGUUUGUUGAUGAUGGUAUAUUAGUGGGGACUUCAAUGGCAGCAUCAUAUGAUUAUCUUGCUACAGGAUCAUCCUGGGGAGUAGUCAAUUUGUAUGAAAGGCCUGAAAAAUCAGGUACUCCACCUAAGCCACUUAAAGCAUUUAUGAAUCUUGUUACUCAAGUUACUUCUUUAAAGUUCAAUUCUACACAACAGAUUCUUGCCAUGGCUUCAGAUGAAAAAGAUAACCAUGUUAAAUUGGCCCACCUUCCAUCAAUGACGGUGUAUAAUAAUUUUCCAUCCUUCACUUCUCAGCUAGGAAGAAUACAAGCCUUCGACUUUUCCCCCUCUUCUGGUUACUUUUCUUGUGCCAACAGUAAGAGCACUGCAUUCCUAUACAGAUUAAGGCAUUAUGGAAACUACUAAUCCUAUCCUAUGCCAACCAAAAUUUUUUAUAAUAGAGGACUAUUAGCCAUAUGAGUGUGUGAAUUUGGAGGUAAGGAAGUCUACUAAAGCAUAGAAAAUAUCAAUUUAAAAAACUUCUGUACGACAGUGGUUUGUGCAAGAUCCUAUAAGUGCUCCUCCACUCUGGAAUUAAAGUCAGCUAUUUAUACUCAGAGAAACAACCACAGCAGCUCUACCAUCAUAUUUCUUUCAGCAACAACAAUAAUAUUAAUUGAAGAUCGAUUUUAUGUAUAUUUUUUUUGUAAGUUAAUUAAUACAAUAUAGAGGAACUAAAGAAAUUACUAAUUUAUUCGAGAACUUUAUUCUCUUGAGAGCCUUUCAAAGAAUCAAGAUUUUUUAUGUACCUAAAGAUCUAUCUCUUAAAUUUUUAACUGUUAUGUAAUAAAUGUAAGUGUUAUGUAAUAAAUAACCGAAAUUUGUUUUUGU